AUGGAUUCCAGCACAAGGCCCUUCCCGACCCUCAAAUCUGCUAGCCGCCCUGGCAUCUCAUCAGAGCCCUGGCCCUGCCUCCCAUACCUCACAGAGGCAUUCUGAUGGCUGACUCUGAGGCGCCCCGCUCCCUCGAUGGGAGCCCCGUGGCUACAGAAACCUUGCUCCGAGAUGUGUUUGGGAUCGUCGUGGAUGAGGUCAUUCGGAAAGGGACCUGCGCCUCGGAGAAAGUCUGUGAGUGGAAGGAGCCAGAGGAGUUGAGGCAGCUGCUGGAUCUGGAGCUGCGGAGCCAGGGGGAGUCGCAGGAGCAGAUCCUGGAGCGGUGCCGGGCCGUGGUCCGCUACAGCGUGAAGACCUGUCAUCCUCGCUUCUUCAACCAGCUCUUCUCAGGGCUGGACCCCCAUGCUCUGGCUGGGCGCAUUGUCACCGAGAGCCUCAACACCAGCCAGUACACCUACGAGAUCGCCCCUGUGUUCGUGCUCAUGGAAGAAGAGGUGCUGAGGAAGCUCCGGGCCCUGGUGGGCUGGAGCGCCGGGGAUGGGGUCUUCUGCCCCGGUGGCUCCAUCUCCAACAUGUAUGCCGUGAACCUGGCUCGCUACCAGCGCUACCCGGAUUGCAAGCAGAGAGGCCUCCGGGCCCUGCCGCCACUGGCCCUCUUCGCGUCGCAGGAGUGUCAUUACUCCAUCAAGAAGGGCGCUGCUUUUCUGGGACUUGGCACUGACAGUGUUCGAGUGGUCAAAGCAGACGAGAGAGGGAAAAUGAUCCCUGAGGAUCUGGAGAGACAGAUCAGUCUGGCUGAGGCUGAGGGAGCUGUGCCUUUCCUGGUCAGUGCCACCUCUGGCACCACUGUGCUGGGUGCCUUUGACCCCCUGGAGGCGAUUGCUGAUGUGUGCCAGCGUCAUGGGCUGUGGCUGCACGUGGAUGCUGCCUGGGGUGGAAGCGUCCUGCUGUCGAAGACACACAGACAUCUCCUGGCUGGGAUCCAGAGGGCAGAUUCUGUGGCCUGGAAUCCCCACAAGCUCCUCACAGCAGGCCUGCAGUGCUCAGCUCUUCUUCUUCGGGAUACCUCGAACCUGCUCAAGCACUGCCACGGGUCCCAGGCCAGCUACCUGUUCCAGCAAGACAAGUUCUAUGAUGUGGCUCUAGACACGGGAGACAAGGUGGUACAGUGUGGCCGACGUGUAGACUGUCUGAAGCUGUGGCUCAUGUGGAAAGCACAGGGCGGGCAGGGGCUAGAGCGGCGUGUGGACCAGUCCUUCGCCCUCACCCGGUACCUGGUGGAGGAGAUUAAGAAGAGGGAGGGGUUUGAAUUGGUCAUGGAGCCUGAAUUUGUCAACGUUUGCUUCUGGUUUGUGCCUCCCAGCCUGCGGGGGAAGCAGGAGAGUCCAGAUUACAGUGAAAGGCUGGCUAAGGUGGCACCAAUGCUCAAGGAGCGCAUGGUGAAGAAAGGCUCCAUGAUGAUCGGCUACCAGCCCCAUGGCAGCCGCGCCAACUUUUUCCGCAUGGUGGUGGCCAACCCUGCACUCACCCGGGCAGAUGUGGAUUUCCUCCUCAAUGAGCUGGAACGGCUAGGCCAGGACCUCUGAGUCCCUCCUCCUUGCUGCCGCUCUUGACACUCUCCUGCCCUGUGUUCUCCAGAACUUCCAGAAACUUCCAGAAACAGAGUGGCCUUAUUGGUGUUUUUUAUACACUGGUCCACUAACUCUCCUAAUAAAUAUUUGAUUUUAGGAAAAUACACUAUACCCAUAUGAUGGAAUGUUAGUCUGCAACCAAAAUUAUGUUGAUAAAGAGGACUUUUGUAACAGGAGAAAAAUAAUUUUACAAAGCUGUAUGUAGUAAUAGCUGGCCUGUAUUCAAACACACAUAGGAAAAGGCUGAGGACCUGAAAGCUACCAAACGCUCCUGGGCUAGGGUGCGGGGCAGCUCUGACCAUAGUUUCUGUGUGCCCUUUCAGCUCCCCUCCUGUGGUAUACAUAAAUAAAGCAAUCUGUCAAAAAGAAACAACAGAAAAAAAGCUGACUUGAAUAUUCAUUGAUUUGAUAAUAGCAAAACAAUAAAAGUUAAAUGUCAACUCUU